CAACAGCGGCACAACAAGCCACAGGCCAAGCCAAGCAAUAUAAUUGAUUUUGGAAAAUAAAAUAAAAGAUCUUAUGGACAAACUGAGCGCAGUACGCAUUGCGGUCCGCGAGGCGCCGUACCGCCAGUUUUUGGGGCGUCGGGAGCCGAGCGUCGUCGAAUUCCCGCCAUGGGGCGAUGGAAAGUCGCUAGUGGUGGAGCAGAACGAGUUCCACUUCGACCACGCCUUCCCGUCGACCGUCGCCCAGGAUGAGAUGUACAUGGCUCUGAUCCUGCCGCUGGUGGAGAAGACUUUCCAGGGAUUCCAGUGCACGGCACUAGCCUAUGGACAGACGGGAACCGGGAAGAGCUACUCCAUGGGCAUGGCGCCCCCCGACAAGGUCCUAAAGCCAGAGCACUUUGGUGUUCUCCCACGCUGCCUGGCCGACAUCCUAGAACGUGUGACUGCCAAGCAGGAGAACGAAAGGGAGCCCAUCCAGGUGUUCGCCUCCUUUAUCGAGAUCUACAACGAAAAAGCCUACGAUCUCUUGGGCUCCUCACCACACACGCCCAUGGUGACUGCGCGUUGCCAAAGAUGCACCUGCCUUCCCUUGAGCAGCCAGGAGGAUCUGCAGGACCUAUUGCAACAGGGCACUGUGAAUCGUCGCGUGCGCUCUACCAAUAUGAACUCCAGCAGUUCCAGAUCACACGCUAUAGUAACCAUACAUGUGAAAAGUAAAAGUCUUCAUUCGAGACUAAAUAUAGUAGAUCUGGCGGGAUCGGAAGGAGUAGGGCGAACGGGGCACAAGGGCGUGGCCAAGCGGGAGGGAGUCAACAUCAACCUGGGCCUGCUCAGCAUCAACAAGGUGGUGAUGUCCAUGGCGGCGGGCCGCUCGGUGAUUCCCUAUCGCGACAGCGUCCUCACCACUGUUCUACAAGAAUCGCUUACCGCGCAGUCAUAUCUUACCUUCCUCGCCUGCAUCAGUCCUCAUCGAUGCGAUCUUAGCGAGACUUUGGCCACUUUGCGCUUUGGCACCAGCGCCAAAAAGCUCCGCCUGAAUCCGAUGCAAGUGACUCUCCAAAAGCAAUCGCUGGCCACACGGACGCCUCAAGCCUUUCGCAAAGUGCUGAGCAGCUCGACAGCCAUCAAACGCCAAGCAGCCGGACAGAACAGCCUUUCAGUUCUCAAUCCAAAUUCCGCAAUAGCCAAACCGCUGACCAACGUUCUCCAGCGAACUCGUUCUGAAUUGGGCCUGACCCCCAAAGCCAAGAAAAGGGCUCGCGAGCUAUUGCAGCUGGAGGAUACAACGCUGGAACCCUCAUCUAUUGAUAUCUCGGACAGCAGUCUCAGUUUGGUAGGCUUCCAAGCUAAAAUCGAAAUGGACAGGCAACUGAUGCCUCCGCCUGGAGUGGCUUCUGGACAACCCAGCAGCCUGCACUCCACCGUAAGGAGCAUUGUAGAGGUGGAUGAGCAUGAGGAGCCAGCUGAGAUGCAUCAAACGUUGAUGUCGGCCACAGUUCGGAGCCAGCUCUUCAGGACAAAUAUCAGUCCCAUAAGUCUGCGUUCAUCCAGCAUAGUGAAGGAACUCAGCGGGAUCCAGCCAAUGGAGGAGACUUUACAACCUCUUCAGAAGCUCCGACGCUCCAUGCGUAUAGCAAACCAAAGAUCGCAGAGCUACGCGGUCAUUCCCAAAGUUUUUAAUUUGCGCAACACGCAACAGUCAGACAGCCAGAAACAUUCUGCUUCCGUCUCAGUUAAAAAAGAUAAAGUUACUCAGCUCAAGGAUCUGAUAACAAGAGUUGAAGCUCCCGCGAGAAGUCAUUCGAGAAACAUAUCUUCUCCAGCCGAGGAAUGGAUGGCCCAUAAUAAAAGCAUGUUCCUUGACCUACUCAACGGUGGCAGCGUAAAGGAACUGCAGAAAAUUCCCGGGAUCGGUCCAAAAACAGCCUUCACUUUGGUUAUGCAUAGAUCUCGCCUGGGAUGCUUUCUGAACCUAGGUCAAGUAAAAGACCUGCCUAUUUGGCCCGGCAAGAACUGGGAUAGGUUCUGCCAAGCCAACUGCCUGGAGAUUUGAUUAUAAUUGUUAUAUAAGAUCAGUUUUAUGUUUAAUUAAUCACUGGGUUUUUCCAAUGAUUUUCAAAAUCCUUGAUUAGACGUAGAUUACAUAAAGGAGCAGGAUAUCCGUACUUUAAGACUUACAAUAAGGUUUCUGUGUAAUAUUUCUUUUUUUUUUGUUUUUUGUUUGUGUUUUUAAUUUUGUAUGUAAUGAUGUAAGCUAGAUAACUUCUGAUUUAAGAUCUAUGUAAACCAAUCUCUUAAAAUACAUUAUGUUAAAGAUUCA